UUUUGUCCUGUGCAUCAGAGACGGGCUUAAAGAAAACAAGCAGAAGGAUCCAAGCAAGCGAGAGGCUAACGUCAAUAUUUAACCGAAUCGAUCAAACCGACGUUAACUAAACCGAAAAAUUAACCUGAUUCGAAGUAACAACGUUGAUACCGUAUGUUUAUGUUUUGGGAAUCCAACUGAACAAUGUCAACCCCAGCAAGACGGCGUCUGAUGAGAGAUUUUAAACGUCUCCAAGAGGAUCCUCCAGCUGGAGUUAGCGGAGCCCCGUCGGAAAACAACAUAAUGGUCUGGAACGCUGUCAUAUUUGGCCCUGAAGGAACACCAUUUGAAGAUGGAACUUUCAAACUCACAAUAGAAUUUACAGAAGAAUAUCCAAACAAACCUCCUACAGUUCGGUUUGUUUCCAAAAUGUUUCACCCUAAUGUUUAUGCAGAUGGUAGUAUAUGUUUGGACAUUCUUCAGAAUCGCUGGAGUCCAACAUAUGAUGUUUCCUCAAUUUUAACCUCAAUACAGUCUUUACUGGAUGAGCCGAACCCAAACAGCCCUGCCAACAGCCAGGCAGCUCAGCUGUAUCAGGAAAACAAGAGAGAGUAUAAGAAACGUGUGUCUGCCAUUGUGGAACAGAGCUGGCGUGACUGUUGACCCUCCUCACAGUUCACAACGAUGAACAAUAGUCAGCUUUGGCCAACAAGAGAAAAAACACCUUGCAAAGAAUAAAAUAAAAACACGUCAUGUUUCGAAUCAUUCUCCACUUACUCAGAGUUGUCUGUUAUGUAGCUGUUGCAAGAUUAGAGUGCUGUUGUGUUGUUGUAUCCCUCUUCAUGCAUAAUUUUAUCCUGGAUAAGGAUAAACUUAAUUUAACAAAAUAUUGUCACCAGGACAACUUGCUUUAAUUUGGCCUACCCUUAUACUGGAAUUUUGUUUUUAUCAUCUUUUUGCUUUUAUUAGUUGCUCCUCCAGCGACAGGAUGAUUUUAUUUGGGUAUUAAUAUGUUGUUGGUUAUGGUAUUCAGUAUGAAUCCAAGUUUAAGUAACCUUGUUUAAAUCCAGAGAUUUCUUUAUUUUCAUCUCUGAACAAGUGUCAUCAAAUGGCAUACACCACUUCAUGUAUUAGUCAAAAUUUCAAUUUAAACAGCCAAGGACACAAAACAUGGUUGGUAUAUUGUCUUGUAUGGAACUUGUUUGAAAAACUAAUGGAGAGCCUAUAGCUGCACUUGGGAAACAUGACCUCCUAAUCCACAUGUUAUUGAAUGGCAAUGUACCAAAUGUAGGAAUUGGUGUGAACAAGUGGUUUGUGCUCUUUUAAUUUGUAAUUCAGUGCUCAACAGCUCGAAAUUGUUCAAGGAUUUGCCUAAAGAUGUGUAGUGACACUGUGCUAGUUUGUCAGCAGUAAUUGUACACAGUGUCCCACGAAGCCCUUUGCAAUCCGCCCAGGACUCAAAACAUUACAAAUUGGCAGAGUUGAACAAGUGUGGAACUUUUUAUUUUUUGUAUUGAUUCUGUUGCACCCCAGUUGCAUGAUUUUCUUGGCUGUUUUCUUCAGUUCCAUUAAAAUGCAGUUUAUUUUUCAGCAUCACAUGUGUCCAUAUUAGCACAUUUAAAUUUGUCUUAUUUACCACAAAAGCUCGAGUGUCAAAUUUGCACUAGUAACCCAUGUAAGAAAUGGUACAUUUUCUCACUUGUAAAUAAAAGGUAAAAUAAA